CGGACAUAUCUCUCCUUCUUGCACUAUCAUCAGGCAAUAAGCAAAUUCAAUUAAAUUGAUUAAACAAAUUGUCUCUGUCGUCUUCUGCUCCAAUCGUCGUUUGUCUCAUUCUCACUUUUCUUCGAUAUAUCCGACGACUUUUUGCUCUUCGUUUGAUUCCCGAUUUAACGUACGAAAAAUAAGGAAUCAGGAACUCAAGAUUCCCCCCCUUUUCUUAUAUUUUCUCGGGUACCAAACAGACGCAGUAAUUUUCCGGCUAAAUUAAUUAAUCCUAACCCCAAGCUCUUCCGUAUGUCUUGUAGUUGUAGUUCUCAAGGUUCCAGCCGGCUUUGACCUCACUCUCUUGUACUCUUGUCACUCAUUUCUAAUUCUAGGGUUGUGCAUAGAUUCUGUGGCUUCUUUUUUAAAUACGAACUAAUUAUAAGCGAUAAAGAUUCUGUAACUGAUUGAAUUGAGAACUCGAGGAAGCGACGAUGGCCUCUGACUCUGUGGAUGCCAGAGAUGAAGAGGCGCCUUUGGUUGUUGAUAGUUUGCCGAUUCACAAACUGAAAAAUCAUACUAAAGACAUUCAUAUUCUUAGCUUUGGGUUUUUGCUCAUCUUCCUUGCUUAUGGAGCUGCUCAGAAUCUGGAGACUACAGUCAAUACUGAGCAAGAUAUGGGCACAAUUUCGUUAGGGAUAUUGUACCUGUCUUUCACAUUUUUCUCUUUAUUUGCCUCUUUGGUAGUUCGUUUGCUGGGGUCAAAGAAUGCUGUGGUUCUUGGGACGACUGGUUAUUGGUUGUUCAUUGCUGCAAAUAUAAAACCAACAUGGUAAUCACAACGAUUUUCUUUUUGCACCCAAUUAUUUCUUUUUCCAUUUAUAAAUAAAUUAUGCUCUGGUAAUGGAAAUAGUCAGCUUAAUACAUGAUAAAAUCUUUCUGCUUCCACAGCAUGCAGACACGCAAGAGAUUACAACUUACAUGAAGCAACUGUUAUUGGUAGCUUCAAUGGAGAAUUUUGGGGAAUGUUUGCAAGCCACCAGUUUGUUGGAAAUCUCAUCUCACUGGCUAUUCUGAGAGAUGGAGGGGAGGGCAGUACCAAUGGCACAACAUUAUUGUUCGUUGUGUUUCUUUGCAUUAUGACCUUCGGAAUGAUACUAAUGUGCUUCUUAAGUAAAAGGGAUUCCAAAGAAGAUGAAGGACUAGAAAACUCUUCUUUCAGUUUAUAUUCUUCUCUGAAAUCACUCUCAAAGUCAAUUAUCAUAGCUUUGCUUGACAUUCGGAUGCUAUUGAUCAUUCCCCUGAUCGCAUAUUCAGGGUUACAACAAGCAUUUGUAUGGGCUGAAUUCACCAAGGAUAUUGCGACUCCAGCACUCGGUGUAUCUGGUGUAGGUGGUGCAAUGGCAGUGUAUGGUGCCUUUGAUGCUAUUUGUUCACUUACUGCUGGUCGACUUACUUCCGGUCUUCAGUCAAUCACCUGGAUAGUAUCUGCUGGAGCUUUUCUUCAUGCUAUUGUAUUUCUCUGGAUUCUUCUGAAAUACAGUUUAACCAGUGGAAUAAUAGGCGUCAUAUACCCACUUAUCAUGGCAGCUUUGUUGGGUAUUGGUGAUGGAGUACUCAACACACAGCUUAGCGCUUUGCUCGGGAUACUUUUUAAGCAUGAUACGGAAGGAGCAUUUGCGCAACUCAAGGUGUGGCAAAGUGCUUCCAUUGCAUUUGUGUUCUUUGCCAACCCCUACAUCUCCUUGCAUGCAAUGGUGCUGAUUAUGUUUGCAGCAUUGUGUGUUUCAGUGGUGGGGUUUCUGUUUUUGACUCUCCAUGUAGAAAAAGCUUUCUCCUCUCCAAGUUCAUGAUAUAUUAUUUAGCAACCACUGUUUGAUUCCUGUAAAAUCUGUCUAAAUUGAAAAAGAAAUGUUCUUCUCAAAAUUUGUCUAGACACACACACAUAUAUACGAACGCAUUUCCAUUAAUUUUAAUACUUUUUGACUU